AUGAUUAAUCGAGUUGUCUCUUUUCCUGAUGGUAAUGAGAUAUUCAGAGACAGACUCCAUUUGGACAAUAAAACCGCAUCUCUGACCAUCAAAAACAUCACAACUGCACAUGAUGGAUUUUAUGAAGUAAACAUCAGCCGUGCCAACAAAGUGUUUAACAAGAUUUUUAUUGUUAAAGUUUACGAAAGGGAAUUGUCAUAUUUGGCGGUCCCAGUCAUUACAUUACGUUUUUCUUUGUCAUCAAGCUCAAAAUGUGUGCUGCUGUGUUCAGUGAUAAAUGUGAAUGAUGUGACUCUCUCCUGGUACAAAGGAAACAGUUUAUUGUCCAGCAUCAGUGUGUCUGGACCCAUCAGCCGAGUUUCUCUGCCUCUGGAGAUCAAGUGUCUGGAUGAAUCCUACAGCUGUGUGUUGAACAAUCCCAUCAGCAAUCAAACUAAACCUCUCAACAGCACUGAACUCUGUCAACCAUGUCCAGAACGCGUCCACUGUUGCGGUUUCACUGAAGCUGUGAUUCGAUUGGUCAUCUCUGCUGUGGUAGCCGUGGCUACGGUUAUCAUAGUGGUUUAUGAUAUUAGAUCAAGAAGAACUGAACAAAAGCUCAAAGGAAACAUACGAAUAUAG